CUUCUAGAUGCUCAGGCGAUUCUCCGUUGGUCACGCUUAAUUUCUUCCAUUGGCCAUACACAACACCAUACUAUAUGACUCACAUAUGAGUUGCAAACGUCUGACAACAAAAGACAUUAUAAACAACUCAAUCACCAGUGAUUCCAUUCAGCUUCACUAAAGUCCAGCGAUAUCAUUAGGCUCUUGAAUCGUUGUUACUAGAGCAAAGUCACAUUUGGGAUUGUUAUUUGAUUACUUCUCCGAGUUACCACCUUGAACAACAAUGUCCGCCGCAACUAGCGCAGCACAUAAUCAUGCCUCAAGCGUGGAUGCCAGCAUAUUCUCCGCCACCGGUAUGGUCGCUCUUAUAACUGGUGGCGGUACAGGCAUUGGUCUUAUGAUGGCCAAGGCUCUUGCGCAAGCCGGAGCACACCGCGUCUACAUCCUCGGCCGUCGGACUGAAGUUCUCAACGAGGCGGUAGCAUCCAUCAAUCGUCCCGGAGUGGUGGUGCCGAUAACGGCCGACGUGACUUCCAAGGCCUCCCUCGCCGAAGCUGUCAAGGCUGUUGAGAGGGACACUGGCCACCUGAACCUCCUGAUUUGCAACUCUGGCAUCGGAGGUCCUCCAUCGGAGCCGCAGAUCACAGCGCAUACGACCAUUGAACAGUGGAGGAAUCAGCAACUCUCAGCAGACCCGGCUGACUGGAACCAGACGUUCAAUGUCAACGUCACGAGCGUGUGGUUUACAACAAUGGCUUUCCUGUUACUCCUUGACUCGGGCAAUAAAAGGGGAAACAUCGCGCAGACAUCACAGGUCGUCGUGACGAGCUCCGUGGCUGCCUUUAACCGAAAGGCUCCGGGCGGCUGGGCGUAUGGACAGUCAAAAGCAGCUGUCACUCAUCUGGUGAAGCAGCUCGCAGUUGCUCUCCCGCAAUGGAACAUUCGGGUCAACUGUAUUGCACCUGGAUUAUUCCCUAGUGAAAUGUCGACACAUUGGGUUCAAGUCGCUAAGCAAGGCGAUUCAACAUGGGAUGAGAGCAAGCCACUUCCGGUUGGGCGCGAAAACGUACCCCUUGGUCGCAUGGGCAACAGUGACGAGAUGGGUGGCACGAUAUUAUACCUGGCCUCGAGGGCUGGUGCUUGGCUCAGCCAGGUCAGCGCCGAAUACACCUGGCCUUCCCCUCACGAUGAGCUGGAAGAUAUCCUGUCCCUGCAAUCCGGUCUUUAUGCCCACAACUUUGCAGCAGGUGUAACACCCUGCCUUCAGGGCGGCAAUGUCAAAGGACGCCAAAAUGCCGCCGAAUGGAUCCGCACUGCCUUUCACGACAUGAUCACCCAUUCUGCAGACAAUGAAGGUCCUUCUACCGGUGGCCUUGAUGGGUCAAUCUGGUUCGAGCUCGACCGUCCUGCAAACUCUGGCCUGGCAUUCAACAACACCUUCAGUUUCUUCUCAAGCCUCUACUCCCGACGCGCCUCCGCCGCAGACCUCCUAGCGAUGAGCGUUGUAGUCUCGCACAGCGCCUGCGGGGGCCCAAUCAUCCCCAGGAUUCCAUUCCGCGCUGGCAGGAUCGAUGCCUCCGAGGCAGGACCGACUGGUGUUCCUGAGGCGUUCACGCCUCUGGAUGAGACUGCUGUCCAAUUCCGAAAGGCUGGACUCUCCGAAAAGGAGAUGAUCCAGCUCGUGGCGUGCGGACAUACCCUUGGCGGCGUGCACAGUAACAAUCACCCACAGAUCGUGCCCGGCGACAGCAGCAUCUGGAACGAUACGGUCGAGACGUUCGACAGGACGCCGCACAGCUUCGACAAUCGGAUUGCGACAGAGUACGUCCAGGGAGUGACGAUGAAUCCUCUCGUCAUCGGGCGGAACGAUACGCUCAACUCGGACAAGCGCAUCUUUGGUUCUGACGGGAACAAGACGAUCAGUGAACUGGCGUCUCAGCAAAGUACCUUUGACGAGGUCUGCGCAAAUGUCUUUCGCAAGAUGAUUGAUACGGUGCCUGCGGGUGUGGAGCUGUCAGAACCCAUCGAAGCUGUCGACGUGAAACCGUACAUCAUCGAUCUCUCGGUGGACAACGAUGGAAAUUUGCAAUUUGCAGGUCGCAUCCGGGUAAGGACGACAGACGGGAGAGAUGAGAAUAGCUUGGCCGUGACUCUCGCUCUCACCGACCGACAUGGUGAAACCCUCCCGAGUCUAGAGGCCGCCUACACGGGAAAUGCGACUGGUCUUUACGGUGAGACGUUUGCUUGGUACGAGUACCGCAGCACUCUCGACGGGGAGAGAGGCAUCGGAAAAUUUGAUAUUCACGUCAUGGAAGCCGACGGCACAGUUGAAGUCCACAGCAAUGGCGGGAAAGGAUUCCUGCUAGACGACUCGGUAGUUUACCAGGGUGCUGCCUCGUGUGUCUCUCGCACGAGCUCAGGCGGCUUCAGAAGCGCUACCAUCACGGCAGCGGUCCGCAAGGAAAAGGCAGAUGUGUCACUGUCAGUAGACGUGGUCCGGUUCCAAAGUCGACAGGGUGUCGUCGUCAGAGGGAUGGUGCUUGAAAGACUGGCUCUCCAGGCCAGUGAGACACAUGGAGACUGGGUAAUAUUCAGUGCUCCUGUUCAGCUUGCGUCAACGGCAUGGUCCACAACAUUUGAUAUCGUCCAGCAUGAACUGGACGGAAAGGGAUCAAAGUUGGAGUUUAUUAGGACUGAAUUAUGUCCUCGAAACUAG